CGUGGGACCGCCAUGGCGGCAGACGCAGCCACUGUACGGCGCCUACGCGUCCUCUCCAGGGUCAUUGCUGGCGUCCGCAAGAACAACGCCAGUGCGAAGACUCUCUGGAAUGUAGAGGUGGAAGCUGUGCCACCAGGCGCGGAAGAAGCUCACCGGAUCUUGCUGACAACGGCAGCCCUCUCCUUCGUUGCAGACCUGACGCGCACUUUCGAGCAUGGCAUACAGGAGCUCUACCGGCGGCGGGCGCAGAGUAAGUGCGAGUUCGCCGACGGCCGGCGGCUCCCAGCAUUCCGCCACGGGGACAACAGCGCCGCGUCCGGCGACUGGAGGGUAGCGCCGGUGCCCAGCAGGCUGACCAACCGUCACGUCGACCUGGGCGAUGUCAGCCCUGCAGACAUCGACCACUUCAGGGCCGCUCUGAAAGCCGACGUACAGGGCAUCCAGGUGGACUUCGACGACGGGCACUGUCCCACGUGGGGCAACCAGCUGGCCGGCCUCUUGGCGGUGUACCGCGCCGUGCACGGUACGCUGGAGGGCGCACCUCCCAUCACCGAGUGCCCCGUGCUGAUGCUGCGGCCCAGGGCUUGGAACAUGGCAGAGCGCAACCUGCUGGUAGAUGGCAAAGAGGUGCCGGGAGCUGUUUUCGAUUUCGCUCUCUUGAUGUUUCACUGCGGACACAUCCUCGCUGCGAAUCGGAGUGGACCAUUCUUCUAUCUGUCAAAAGUUGAAGGCGCUUUCGAAGCACGGCUCUGGAACGAAAUAUUUGUAUGGGCCCAGGAUGCUCUGCGAAUACCACGAGGUACCAUUAAAGCAUGUGUCUUAAUAGAAAAUAUUCUGUCGUCUUUUGAGAUGGAAGAAAUACUUUAUGAGUUGAGAGAGCACUCUCUAGGGCUGAAUUGCGGAAUAUGGGACUACGCUGCUUCAAUUAUAGCGAAAUUCGGUGAUCGCAAGGAGUUCGUCCUGCCUGACCGUAACAAGUAUGUGAACAUGGAGAAACACUUCCUGGUGUCCUACAUGCGACUCGUGGUGCAGACCUGCCACAGAAGAGGUGCACACGCCACGGGAGGCAUGGCGGCGUUCGUAGUUGAAGGCGACGGCAGGUACGCCAAAGCCAAAGAGAAGCUCAUAGUGGACAAAGUUUGUCAAGCGAAACUGCAGGAGAUUCAACAUGGUGUAGACGGCUUCAUGGUAUAUGAUUUGCGGUUGGUUCCCUACGUAAAUCAGCUGUGGGAGUGCGCCGCUGCCGACGUCAACCAAUUGUCGGUGAUUCACCCAGCGCUGGUGGUAUCUCGCGAGGACCUGCUGCAGAUGCCAGCCGGAGGGGUGACAGAAGAGGGCCUGCGCCACAACAUCGCCGUCGCCGUGCUCUUCGUCUUUCACUGGUUCAAAGGCCGAGGUCACUUCUUCUACAGGGGCUGCGUCGAGGACUCUGCCACCGCAGAAAUCUCUAGGUCGCAAGUCUGGCAGUGGAUACGACAUCAGGUCUGCAUGGAGAAGACGAACGUAAUGGUGACUAAGCAUCUAGUGAAGCAGCUGACAACGGAAUUCGUACAGCAGCACCCGUUCUGCAAGGCGGAUGUCACAAAGAUGCAAGCUGCUGCGGAAGUCUUUAUGGACAUUGUAACCAGACGAGAGUUCCCGGAUUUCAUUACUACUUACCUGAACCAAUGUCCUAUUUUCUGGCACUUUCAGAGAGUGUGAAUCUUCUGGCAAUACGCUUCACAAGUGGCAGUUACGACAUAAAAGAGCAGAAACGUUGCAUUCUUAAUUACUCUCAUUCUCUAGAGAGCAUUUUAGAAUGUCAUUAAGCCCUAGCGAGGCUAUGGAAAAGCGACAGGGUAAACCUGCUGUGGGUCUCUGGUCACUUAGGAAUUAGUGGCAAUGAACAAGCUGAUAAUAUUCUCGAGGGCUUCGGUAAAUAGCUACUAACAUUCUGGGGUCGGAAUUUUUCACGUCUAACGCGUACUAUACAGAGGUGGAUCAUAGUAACACUGUAAAACAGAUCACAGAGUGAGAUGAUUGGGAAUUUAACAUAUUGAACCUACAAUCGAGAGAAACGAGAUACAGAUUCCUGCCCGACCAUAACUCGUUUUUCCAGAGCGCCUACAAACCGGUUAAUGCGAAAGCCAAUGUGUAUCCUUUGAAACGCGGCAAAUUUCCUUCUCAGUUCGUACCUAACCCAAGAUUAUGCUCUGUAUCUGAUGAACUCGUCGCUUUCCUUCCUUUGUCAUUUUCAGAAAUUUUCAAAGGGAGUGGUCUCCAAUCCAGAUGCCAAAGUUUUCUAUGCUCUGGAACUUCAAUUGAACUAUUAGAACGCGCCUGCCUAACAGAUUCAAAGAUGUGGUCUCCAAUUCCUUAUCAACCUCCAUGGAAGCUCUUCCAGGUACCUAUAGGUACUGCACCUCUUGAGAAAAGGAUGUAAAGGAUAGUGGCUGCAACAAAGCCUGAGGUUGGAUUCUGAAAGGAAUCUUACACUUGGUGGCGAACUGUAUCCUGAUGGGUACCAUAGCAGCUGGUUAUUAAAAUUCUGUAGCAAAGCAAACGUCCAUAUCAGUUACCUGUCCAACAUGUACAAUGUCCUUACAAUGCAUUGGUUCAAGUGAGCAUCGCUUACGGACUAGGCACUCCACUUCCUUCGAUGGCUGCGACUAUUUUUUUCAUAGUAGAGAACCAUCUAGAACAUCCCUUCUUCAACGGCUGACUAUGAAGGUUGUAACACUGAUAGAGAGCAAACAGUAACGAGUAUAUUAUGGCAGAAAUACUUGGAAGAACAGUGCUGAAGUGCCAGCCUGCAAAUACAAAGGUCAAGCAUUCGAUCCCUGGUCCCUCGCAGAAUUUUAAUCUGUCGUAUUCAGUUCUUUAACCUCUGGCAAUGUUUGUUGAUGCGAAAGACAGCGCGUUGCAUUGUAGUUCGGCUUCCCCCUAUAAACAGCUGGAUGAGUCAGUUCGAUGAUCGGAGGAAGGUAAUGGCGUACUACCUCUAAUAGGACAAUGUAAUGCCUAGUGAAUGUCCUACUCAUCUGGUAGAGCUACAAAAUCUGUUGACGUCACAUUUUCUGAUCCACUUCCAUGUCUGCAACUCUCCCUAUUCCCUUAGGUUUACGUUUUUCCAGAUACGCAUCAUUGUAGUAGUGAAAUUUCGUUUUUUACGAACCGCAUUCACGUAAACUGACCGUUAACACCAUUCGAACAUUUUAAAUUGGCCUAAUGAUUACGUUCCUUGUCAUUGAGAUAUGGCGAUCCCUUUUGCACCCCUUACCACAUACAGACACGAUACACAGCGUCCAUUUCUUCAUAUGUGCUCCUAAUUGUUGUCUCCACAAGGUGCUGCUCACUCUGAACACGCUCACUCGCAGUGUAAUACCUAUAAUUUGCUUGACAUACAUUAUAAAGUGACAUCUGAAACAUGUCAGGCACCCAAUAACAGCUGAACUACACAAUAAAAUAGGGGACAAAACUGGGAAGCAACUAGAACCGCCAAAUGCAUAGACUCCAGCUGCCAACUCUCAUAGGUUCAUAAUUGUUUACUAGGUAGCAUACUGUAAUAUUACUGCAUAUUUACGUUGGCUCAAUGAAGAAUAAACUUCUUACACUAUCGUAGAGGCUAGGCACUUACGUUACAAUGUGCUUUUGCCAAUGAUCGUUGUCUAAUCAAUAAAGCGUUAGAAUUAAGAAUUUAUACAGCUAGAACUGGAAACAGGCAAUACAGAACCAGUCAGAAAAUCGAGGGUUUACUAUCUUGACUAUCAAACAUUUGCACCUAGGAAAUAUCACAUCUAAAUAGCUUUUGUAUAAUAAUUUCUGAUGCUGCUUUUAGAUAACUAGGAUGCAAAAACAAAGAAGGAAAUUUUGUGUUGAGUGUCUUUCCCCUCAUUUAUAACAAAUAUAUCGUCAUAAAACCCUUAAGUAUUUAACCAUAGGAAAUUGGGAGGUAUUACUACUAUUUGAUACUAAGGAGACAUUAGUGACAACUGCUCUAUCAUAGUGGGAAGAAUAGUAAGUGUUUGAUUAAUGUAGGUUCGCCAAAACGAAAAACCACUUCAUCUCUGUAAACUGAAACAACACAAUAAAAUAUGAAUAAAGUGUUAAAGAAAAUAAUAAAAAUAUAACUUGUUUUAAAUAUUUGGCAUAUCCUAACUCAAACUAAAAGCUACAUAACGGCAAUCCUACAAAGAUAAACAAUGUGACUCAUGGUGCAUCUAUGUUAUGAGAAAGCAUGUCACAGUAAACAUGAUAAAGAAAUAAGCAGUAAACGACAGAAAAGAUAAAGAUAGAAAAUUGCAAGGCCAACGACUAGUGGAUAUGUAGAUCAUUGAAGAAACAUCAAGCUCUCAGAAUAGCUAUCAAAACAUAAGCUACUGCAAAUAUCUACAACGUGAACAUGUCAAACGUAUGAUUGAGACAACAGCCUCAGGUUGCUUCCUGAUGGUGAUAAACGUACCUGAAAUAUCAUACAUAAAUGUAAAUUUUAAAGAAACAAUUCUGUACCUAUUCAUUAGCAAUCUGACGAAACACACUAAGGAAAAUAAGAAGGGGUAUAUUUUUAGUUGAAAAAUACAGAUACUAAUUACAAAAGAUAAUCUUUCAGCACAAUAAUAUCUCAUUUCAAACUCUAAGACGUAGCGUUAGCUUAUUAGAAACAAUGUGAAGUUACAUGAUGUAGUUUAUUAGGCACAGCCUUGCACUGACUUUUGUCAGUUAAAAUGUGAUUUACUAAUGUAAAUACCUUGUUGUAACAUAAUUAUAGUAUUACCUAAACCAAGAAACUUGUAAAUAUUGUCUAAUAAUUAAAAACUCUAUUACCUUCA